UAUAGUCAUGCAGAUAUACAGCGAGGCCUAUUAGACUCAAUAGUAAUGCCAAAGUUAUGAAUUGAACUAACGAGAGGUUACAGCGAUACACUUCGUGCGUAAAUCAUGUUCAUGUUUAUCAAAUUUGGUGGAAUGAUCUAAUCUGAGAAAGAUAAAAAAUUUAAUGUUGGCGAUUUCAAACGACAAGGUUAGGCGGAAAGUGUAGUGCUUUAAUUAUCAAUGUUUGCAUGCACGAAAGCAUGUAGCUUUUAUUUUAUAGGACCACAGGUUGGCCUUUUGAAAUUAAACUAUCUGAAUUUUUAUUAUAGAAUGUACGGAAAUUUCUUGUUACGUACUGCCAAGAUGAAUCUAGAAGCGAAGGAAACUGUGAAUGAUAUUGCUGCCAAGAAUAAUUAUCAGCGCGUCAGUGUUAUAAGAUGGGCUGGAAGAGAAUCAACGAAGACUUACCAGGAGAAAUCUAGCUUUGAAGAAGACUGUACUGUCCCUGUUGUUCAAGACGAAUCCUUUGUAUCAUCAUGUUCAGUUACUGCUAAAUAUCGCUGCUCAUUUUGUAAGAAAUCAUUCAAAUGGCACUCACAUUGGAAAUCUCAUGAACGAAUACAUACAGGGGAAAAACCUUUUAAAUGUGAGAUUUGUGGAAAGUCUUUUGCUAGAUCUGAUGGUUUACAAUGUCAUAAACUUACUCAUAUCACGCCCAGACAUCUUCCUAUAACUCGAGGAAAGGGCAGUACACAAGCGACUGCAGUUGCAUACAAGUACCCUCCAGCUGAAUCAGCUGAGCAUAUUUCAAAUGUCACGAAAGAGCUUGAACAGAAAAAUAUAUUUAACUGUAGUCAUUGCAAUAGAAUCUUCUUCAGUUGUGCUGGAGUGGUGAAGCAUAUGCAGGUUCACGAAGGUAAGAGACUUACAAUCAUGGCUUUAGAUUACGCUAAAAUACAAUGGCGUUUGUUUAUAUGCCGGCAAAUUUUAUUGAAAGCAUCUAUUUUAGUUAUUUGUGUUCAGAGAGUGAAGAUUUACAGGGCUGGCAUUCUCCCUGUAAGAAAGUCUAGUUGAAAAGGUUACUUUUACAUCCAGUACGAUUCAAUGUUAUUACAACCGUAAUACUGACUGCAUGCAUGGUGCAUGUUAAUCAAAGUCUUGAAAGUCAAUCAUCAUGGAUAGCAGAAUAGACUCGUGAUCUAAGCGCAGAUUUGCAGCUGCUUAGGAGAUUGAGAGAGAUACUCUUCCUAAAUCUGAUGAUAUACAUGAAAAAGUAAACAUUUACAAAAAAGAUUUUGCUACAUUCAAUUGCCAGACAACUAUAUAGGACUGCAUGAUUGCAUGUCGCACGUGUCUUUAGAGGGAUAGGUUUUAGGCCAAAUUGAACCUGCAUUUAAAAAUUCAAAGGAGAAUUAUACAAGUAGGGUUGCAUGGUUUGAAUUUGGGGAACUUUCGAAAUAUAUUGUCAGUGUAUCUUUUGCAUGGUAUAACGCGCAUGUUUGGAAAGGUUUGUAUAUUGUGUAUCGUAUUGGAAAUGUAAUUCACGUGUGAGUGAUACCAAACCAUAUAAUCUUUGUUUAUUCUGCAUGUUUUUUGUGCAAUUAUUUUAAAUAUUUCUUACUUUCACAAGUAGUGAUAUGUUUUGAUACAUGGUCCAAAAUUGUAUCCCUGGUUCCAGAGGACACAAAAUUAUUUAAAACUUUCCAGAUUCUUCAUUCCACAAAAUUGUUUAAACCUUUCCAGAUUCUUCAUUCUAACUGGCAGUAACUGCAAUUUAGCCUAUAUGACAUGCUGAUUCUAUACAAUUUUCCAGCAAAGAAUAUUUGUGUUCAGUUAUUAAAUGCUUAAUUUGAAAUGUUUUAACAAACGGUUAAAGUGUUUUGUUCCUUGGAAAUACAUUGUAUAUUGCAGCACGUACAAUAUUUUAGUAAAUAUACAAGCAAGGUGUAUAUAAAAAAAUGUACACCCUUUCAAAUUCAAAGUUAGCCAUAACCUUUUAAAUAUUCGUUGCUCUGUAGUAAGCCGGCCCAUUUUAUAUCUUAUGCAGACCUGAAUAAUGCUUAAUUUAAAAUUGUUCUUUGAGUUGUGUAUUUGUUUAUACAAAUAGAAGUUAUCCUAAAUUCCCAUGUGCAGAAGACCUUGUGUUUUCACGCAUCAUUAAUUCGAGAAAUUAUAUAUACGGCUGUCAAAUUACUACAAUAGAUUACGGUUAAUUUGAAUUUGAAAGGGUGUACAUCUUUUUGAUACACCCUGUAUUCUACCAUGUUAAAUGGACAAUCUUUCACAGUCAAGAAUCCCUAGCUAUAGAAAUAUGAUAUCAGUAAAUAAAACAAUGAUCCUUUUGUUAUGCAACCAGAACACUGGGUUGGAGGCUAUAGGCAUAGCUACUGGCUUUUAACCAAUUCACAAUUGUCUAAUUUAGUUAAGCUAUAGGUACCCUGUAGUAUAGCUAUAGAUAUUUAUACAGGGUGUCUCAAACAAAACCAAAAUCAUUGAAAUAACGUAUUGUUCGAAUUUCAAUGCCGUAACACAAAGGAUUUUGACAGGGUGAUUAAUUUGUUUUAAAAAAUUAAAAUAUCUUUGUAAAGUGAACGUUUGUUUGCUCAUGGGAAUUUAAAAAUGUUUCGUAAAUUGUAAUAUGCGUAAUAUGCAUUCGUGGGUUUAGUACUUUAUGCCUGACAUAACAAGUUUACGCUGAGUAUUACCAUUCAUUAUAGCAGUUAUGUCAAUCUUUUAUGCACUCGUGGGAUUAACUUAGUGCUAGGGCAUUGAAUAUCGAACAAUACGUCAAUUUCAAUGAUUUUGGGUUUUUUUGAGACACACUGUAGAACGAAACAUAAUCUGAAGAUUAGCAUCUUGAAAGUUAUUUUGAUUUUGUUGCAAAUCCGCAUAAUAAUGAUUUUGGAAUAAAAUCGAAAUCGAGGAUCGAAAUAUCACAAACUCAUACAUUCUCAUCUUGCUUUCACUCAACUGUUGGGUUUCAAGAUGCUUGUCUUCGGAUUAUGCAUGUUUCAAUUACUAUAUCUAAAUGAUAUAUUUAAUCGUUUCCAGAACAAGUAGACGAAUAUUGUUGCAUAGCCCUGGUCCUAUAGAAUAUAUAGGUAUUAUUUUUCAAUUUUCUGGUAAUUUUAAAAGAUCACAAAAUGUGCUAUACAAUAUUUUCAAACCACAGUCUAUAUAUACAGAUAUAGUCUAUAUGCAUGUGUCCAGCAUAUGGCCUAUUGAAAAGUAAUUUUUCCAUCUUGAAAAUAUAUACUGCUCAAAUUAUUCUCUUCAAUGUUAAUUGCAGUUUUAUACGUUUAUAGCUGUUUAAACGUUUAGCGUCCAUUUUUAAUAUAGUUAAAUAGAUUCUUCAGUGCAAGAUGUUGAAUACGUUUGAAACCAAAACUUUUAAAAUGACAAACAAAUAGAAAGAUGUAUACUCUAUUGGAAAGACGUACUCUAUGCAAUUCAAUUUAACAACUUGUAUUAUUCACAAAGUACAACUAUAUAAUGUAUUAAAGUAAUAAAGUUGAUCAUUUUUGCUGUUGAUAAUGAUGGCACAUUUAUGCUAAUCAAGUGAAUUUAAUUCCCAAAGGAGUCAAGCAAAUCACACGAACACCUUUCUUCAAGAAUAAAAAGUUUAAAUAUCCAAUGUAAAUGAAUUUUGCCAGGUUUGGUAUUUAACUGGGUUAGAAUGAGCAAAUAAAAUCCGAGAAAUGUGAAAAUCAACGGGACAGCCGAUACCAAAACGGCUUGUGGAACGUAGCAACCGUGUAACAAUGCCUAUGGAGUGUUUGGACUAUCAAUUAUAUAUACUGUAUGCAUGCAUGUAUAUACGAUUCCGGCAUUUAUUCUGUCUGCAUGCCUGCAGUAAAAGCCAAUAUGGUAAAGAACAAAAAAAAGUUCAGUCUUUGUUUUUUUUAUAAUAGUCGUUAUUUGACAGCCUUAAAGUUAAUUGUCUUGUACAUAUUAAAUGAGUGCUUUAUAUAGUUCGUACAUGCAGAUAAAGAGAAACAGUAAAUAACCGUGUUUCUCAUAUUAGAUAAGAUACGCUCAGUUCAGUGGAUGAGUAAAAUAUGCACCAAACUAUUACACAAGAGAGAAACGAAAAAUUGAACCCUUCACAUUCGUCUGUAACAAACUAUCUUUGAUUUUCUCUUCUUAUUUAUAUAUAAAUGACUACUUCAAUGUGUCUUAUAGCGUAAACACGUAAAAGUCAAUUUAUUACAGUAAUUUAAACGUCAAGUUUUACUUGCUGUCAUAUGUUGACCAAUUAUAUGCACGUAUGAAAAACUCAAAUAUAUCUAGAUAUUAGCAUUUUUCUUAUUUUCUAGGCAGAACGAACUAUAUUUGUGAAGUAUGUGACAUGGUAUUUCCAAAGAAAAGUGCGCUGGAGGUUCACAGCAGGGUACAUACAGGAAUCAAACCAUAUCAAUGCAAUACUUGUGCUAAAGCAUUCUCAAUUUAUGGAAAUUUAAAAAGACAUUUAUUAAUUCAUACUGGAGAGCGUCCAUAUCAAUGUUCUCAUUGUUCAAACAGUUUUAACAAUCCAAGUCAUUUAAGGAGACAUUUAAAAAAGAAACACAAAGGACAGCGAGAUUAAGAAGAAUCUAUAUUGUGAUAUUUUUGGGAUGCAUCCUAUACAUGCACAUUCAAUCUGAGAACCUUUCGACUUGUUUCCUCCAAUAGACCUUGUGCAUAAUGACGUCUCAAGGCGUGAUGCGCGCGGUGAAUUUUGGUCUUAGUAUAGUCACGACUGGUAGAUUCAAAACAAUCCAGCAUAUGGCUGCUGUCGAAUGCGAGUGUGCUGCUGUUCUUUGUUCUUUGUUCUUUUGUCUUUCAGAGGCUGUUUAAGCCAAUCAAAUAUGUCAGCUGGUUCAUGUAGGGUUUUACGUCGUCCUGGAAAAUGGAAAGAACACACUCUAGGGCCUGUUAUUGGAGAGCAAUCUUUGCUUGCAAUUUUACUACAAUUUUAUUAUUUGGAAAAUUACAAAAGAACAAAGGUCUUCAUUAAUGGCUUGAACAGCCUCUAAAAGACGACAAAAAACAGCAGCAUACUCGCAUUCGACAGUGGAUUGUUUUGCCAAUUUUCCUCUCGUGUCUACUAAGAGUCUAAGACCAGAAUUCCCCACGCGCAUCAGGCCUUGUGACGUAAUUAUGCAUCAGGUCUAUUUCCUCUCUGCAUGAUAUAUAACACAGAGCGACAACCGUUGGACAAGUACAGUGUUGAUUACCCUUUCAACAAAUUUGUCAAAUAUAUGUGUACAAAAUAGUCAGUUUUUAGUUCAAGUCAGUUAGUGCAUGCAUUUUAAGAAAAGGUCUCAAAAUAUUGCUUCAGAUGGGGACUAUAUUGAUUUUUCAUGCAAUAUUACCGAAAUUACUGCCACUAUCAAGACUAUAGACAUUACUAUCCAACUGUCUGUAUAAUGUUCCAAGACUAUGGUCAUAUAUACUACUGUCAUAUAUAUCAAGACUUCAUUCACAUGAUCCAAGAUAAUAUAUCAUGCAUAUGGUCCAAGACCUGCCAUCAGCCUCCUUCGCAGACAUUUCGUAUAGUUCACCAGGAUUGCAACCAAAUUUUGCCCCUGCGAAGGAGGCUACAUAUAGUCAUACUAGUCUAAGACUAUAGUCCUAUAUUUCAACCUAUAGUUAUAAGUCCAGUAUAAGACUAGUCUUGUUGUUCAAGGCUAUGCCAAGAGUAUAUAUAGUCAUAAACCUAUAGUAAUGGGUCUAAGACGAUAGUGAUUAUAGUAGACUAAGACUAUAGUAUAGUCAUAUAGUUUUUGAUGAUAUGGUCCAAGAUUAUAGUUAUAUAGUUCGAGAUUUUAGAUUAUAAUCAUAUAAUAUAGAUAAAUAGACCACGACGUUUGGAAGAGAUAAAAUAAAUAGAGAAAAAAUAAAUGAAAUGCUUUUGUUCUUGGAAGUGCUCGACGUGUAUUUUGUUCCUGUAAUCUUCAUUUUGCGGAAAAUAUUAAAUAUUGCAUUUAAUGGAGG